AUGCAACAGACACCGAAAGAACUCUGGUCACACGGCAAUAUGCUGUCGGAGUAUCAGGUAUGGGUUGCAUACAGGCUGGCAACAUGCCAGUUAAGCCUGUAUUUUGAUGGAAGACAGCAGAACAAUAGCUGUCGCAAACUCGAUCGAUGCCAAGGACAAAAGGAGACGUUAGAGCACAUAUUCUGGCAAUGUCCAUGUGCCCAAGCGUGCUGGCAGGAAGUAGCACAGCGAUGGACAGGUCAGGUGCAGAGUCCGGAGCGGGUGCGGAUGUUCGAGAGCUAUUGUGCGUCACGAUCGGCACCUCCAAUUUCUCAACGCAUUCGAACCAGGUUAGCCACCGUCUUCGAAGGUGAAUCGGAGGCAUACGAAGGCGAGUGGAAGCGUUUGUGGCGAAUCCUGUGCACGAUCUGCGUAACGUCACUUUGGAUACAGCGAAACCGAGUAGUCCACCAAGGUGGACGAGUUUCACAAGAAAGCAGCGUAAGCGAAUUCAGGCAAGCAGCAGGGCGACACUUACGAGCGCUGGCUAAACGAGAGCGGAGGAAACCGCACACAAUGGUCCAGGGCACAUGGCUACUGCUCUGCCUAGAUAUGUAUGACUGCCCCCUACAUGAGACACCACAGCAAGUGGUGAGCCACGUAAGGCCACCGGGCUCUUUGAAGACACCGGCGCUGAUAUCCUGGCUUAGGGCUUACCAGACAUCUUGCACUUAA